CUCACCUCUGAGCCAGAUGUCCACUUCCUACCUCAUCAUCUCAUUAUCUCCCAGGUCCACCUUAAAACACGCAGAGGGCUGGCCCCUCCCUCUGUCGCCCUUGUGAGCGCGAGGCAUUGACGGCGCGAGGCGAAACCGGAGGGGUCAUUUUACCGCCAUUCCGGCGACGGGACCGAAGACUGGAAUUCCCCGGUGGGGAGAGAGAGGUGUGAAGCCAAAGGAACAUGUUUACUUCCCUGUUUCCAUGGUAAAAAGGAGCAUGCAAGUCCAGCCCGGGAGCUGAACCAGUGUUCGUCUCCUUCAACACUACCAAGCAACACUAGCCACCAUUCCUGUGAAGUGACACAGUCAAGAUUCAGCAGACAUUAGGAGGAACAACUCUGCUGUAAAAACAAUCAGCAUGGCCAACAACACGGCCGACCAUCCUCCAGGAAACUCUGUUGCUGAAGGUAACCAUGACGGGGACUUUGGGGUGACGAUGGAGGAACUGAAGUCCCUUAUGGAGCUUCGGAGUGCUGAGGCUGUCAGUAAGAUCCAAGAAAAAUUCGGAGAUGUGCAGGGGAUAUGUCGCCUCCUGAAGACAUCAGUUAUAGAGGGUCUUUCUGGAAACCCGGUGGAUUUAGAAAAACGUCACUCAGCCUUUGGAAAGAACUUCAUUCCCCCAAAGAAGUCCAAAACCUUCCUGCAGCUGGUGUGGGAGGCUCUGCAGGAUGUUACACUUAUUAUCCUGGAAAUUGCUGCAAUUAUUUCUCUAUGCCUGUCCUUCUACCAUCCACCAGGGGGCAAUGCUGAAGCCUGCGGCCAAGCUGCUGGCGGCGUCGAGGACGAAGGUGAAUCUCAGGCUGGCUGGAUCGAAGGUGCCGCCAUCUUGUUCUCUGUCAUCAUUGUUGUCCUGGUGACCGCCUUCAAUGAUUGGUCCAAGGAAAAGCAGUUCCGUGGACUGCAGAGUCGUAUUGAAGAGGAGCAGAAGUUAACCGUCUGUCGUCAAGGUCAAGUGAUCCAGAUCCCAGUAGCGGAGAUCGUAGUCGGAGACAUCGCUCAGAUUAUGUACGGAGACGUGUUGCCUGCUGAUGGGAUUCUGAUUCAGGGAAGUGACCUGAAGCUGGAUGAGAGCUCUCUGACUGGAGAGUCUGAUCAGGUCCGGAAGUCUCUGGAGAAGGACCCUAUGUUGCUUUCUGGGACAAAAGUGAUGGAAGGAUGCGGCAAGAUGGUGGUGUCAGCUGUAGGCCUCAACUCCCAGACAGGCAUCAUCUUAACCCUGCUGAGCACCAGUGAACACAAUGAAGAGAAGAAGGCCAAGAAAAGUAAAAAACAAGGACCCCCUGAAAAUCGCAACAAAGCCAAGACUCAGGAUGGAGUCGCUCUGGAGAUCCAGCCACUGAAGUGUGAGGAGGCUGCCGAGUUGGAGGAGAAAGCUGAGGUUAAACAGGUGAAGAAGGUCAAUGUGACGAAGAAGGAAAAGUCUGUGCUGCAGGGAAAGCUGACGAGACUCGCUGUACAGAUUGGAAAAGCUGGUCUGUUCAUGUCGACCCUCACCGUCAUCAUCCUCAUCGUCUACUUUGCGAUUGACACCUUUGGGAUCCAGGGUCGGCCCUGGUUGGUUGAGUGCUUACCAAUAUACAUCCAGUAUUUAGUAAAGUUCUUCAUCAUCGGUGUGACGGUUCUGGUGGUAGCAGUUCCUGAGGGUCUGCCGCUGGCUGUUACCAUCUCUCUGGCUUACUCAGUUAAAAAAAUGAUGAAGGACAAUAACUUGGUGCGACACUUGGAUGCGUGUGAGACUAUGGGCAACGCCACAGCCAUCUGUUCAGACAAAACGGGUACACUCACCAUGAACCGCAUGACGGUGGUGCAGGCGUUCAUUGGUGAUUCACACUUCAAGAAAGUCCCUGAGCCGGAUGCCAUUGAGCCAAGAGUUCUGGACAUGUUGGUUAACAGCAUCUCAAUUAACUCAGCGUACACCUCUGAUAUCCAGGCUCCGGAGAGAGAAGGUGGCCUCCCCCGUCAUGUGGGUAACAAGACAGAGUGUGCUCUGCUGGGUCUUGUUCUGGAACUAAAGAGGGAGUAUGAUUCAAUCAGAAACGAGAUCCCUGAGGAACAACACUUCAAGGUGUACACGUUUAACUCCUCUCGCAAGUCAAUGAGCACCGUGCUAAAGAUCCCUGAUGUAGGCUUUAGGAUGUACAGCAAAGGAGCAUCAGAGAUCAUCUUGAGGAAAUGUUCCCAUAUCUUAGAUGCCCAUGGUCAGCCCCGCAUCUUCAAACCGAAAGACCGCGAGGAGAUGGUGUGUAAGGUAAUCGAGCCAAUGGCGUGUGAAGGGCUGAGGACCAUCUGUGUGGCGUACAGGGACUUUCCCGCUGAAGCUGGAGAGCCAGACUGGGACAAUGAGAAUGAAAUCCUGAGUGGUCUGACCUGCAUUGCUGUGGUGGGCAUUGAGGAUCCCGUCAGACCCGAGGUACCCGAGGCUAUCACUAAAUGUCAGCGUGCAGGAAUCACUGUCCGGAUGGUUACUGGAGAUAACAUCAACACGGCCCGCGCCAUCGCUGCCAAGUGUGGCAUAUUGCAGCCGGGGAAGGAAAGCCUGUGUCUGGAGGGCAAAGAGUUCAACCGUCUAAUCAGAAAUGAAAAGGGAGAGGUGGAACAAGAACGUCUGGACAAGGUUUGGCCCAAUCUGCGUGUUCUGGCCCGCUCAUCACCGACAGACAAGCACACACUGGUUAAAGGCAUCAUCGACAGCACGGUGGGAGAAACCCGACAGGUGGUGGCAGUGACGGGAGAUGGUACCAACGAUGGCCCCGCCCUCAAGAAAGCUGAUGUUGGCUUUGCCAUGGGAAUCGCCGGCACGGAUGUGGCUAAAGAAGCAUCUGACAUCAUCCUAACCGAUGACAACUUCACCAGCAUCGUGAAGGCUGUCAUGUGGGGAAGAAACGUCUACGACAGCAUCUCCAAGUUCUUGCAGUUCCAGUUGACUGUCAACGUGGUGGCUGUGAUUGUGGCGUUCACUGGCGCCUGCAUCACCCAGGAUUCUCCUCUGAAGGCCGUCCAGAUGCUGUGGGUCAACCUCAUCAUGGACACACUGGCGUCUCUUGCUCUGGCCACUGAGCCGCCCACAGAGUCUCUGUUGCUACGGAAACCAUACGGACGCAAUAAGCCUCUCAUCUCCAGGACGAUGAUGAAAAACAUCUUGGGCCAUGCUGUGUUCCAGCUUGUCAUUAUCUUCACGCUCCUCUUUGCGGGUGAGAAGAUUUUUGACAUCGACAGCGGCCGUAACGCCCCUCUGCACUCACCUCCAUCCGAGCACUACACCAUCGUUUUCAACGUUUUUGUUAUGAUGCAACUGUUCAAUGAGAUCAACGCCAGGAAGAUUCACGGAGAAAGAAAUGUGUUUGAGGGCAUUUACAAGAACCCUAUUUUCUGCAGUGUUGUACUUGGGACCUUUGUGCUGCAGAUCAUCAUCGUUCAGUUCGGAGGGAAGCCAUUCUCCUGCCACCCUCUGACCCUGGACCAGUGGCUGUGGUGUGUGUUCAUCGGAGUGGGGGAGCUUCUGUGGGGACAGCUGGUCACUAGUAUCCCAACUCGCCACCUAAAAUUCUUGAAGGAGGCUGGACACGGGAUCACCAGUGAGGAGAUUCACGAGGAGGAUCUGACGGAAGGCACGGAUGAGAUCGACCACGCUGAGAUGGAGCUGCGAAGAGGCCAGAUCCUCUGGUUCAGAGGUCUAAACCGCAUCCAAACUCAGAUGGAUGUGGUCUAUACCUUCCAGACGGGCCAGGCAGCAGUGCCUGGUGCCCUGCGCCGCCAGCCGUCCGUCGUCAGCCAACACAAUGACGCCACUGCUGUCAAAACUCUUUCUAGCCCCACCCACGUAGGGCUUAGCUCCUCCUCCUCUGUCACCAACUCAGCUGGGGCUCCACCCACUGCUGCUGCUUCUUCCUCUACUGCAGGCAAUUAAGGUGGUGAACGCGUUCCGUAGUCCCCUGUUUGAGCUGGAGAGCCCACAGUCCAUCCAUUCCUUCAUGGCCCAUCCUGAGUUCCUGCCACAGUCAGAGGAGGAGGCUCACUCUUACGCCACCGAGGAGCUCGACCCCCUCCCUGAAUCCUCAUCUGGGCCUGCAGGAGGACAACCUCACACCACCUCCUCCGACAGCAGCAAAUCAACCAUCUGAACUGUGUGUGAGGAGGGAAUCCUUCGCCUCCAUGUUGUCUUUUCAUGCCGAGUUUAGUCUUCUGCUUGUGUUUUUGUCCCAUCAGCAUCACAUCCAAUCAGUUCCAGGGUGGAGUCAGAAGUGUUUUCCUGACCAUCUUUACUUUGUUGAUGAUCCUUGUGAGAAGCUAUUAAAAGCUUUAUGUUCCAACAUCUCCAGACCUGAGGAGGUGCGUCCUCUGCUCUGUGUCGGGGUCCUCCUGUUCUCGGUCUGAUGCAGCUGAAGAUCACGGCGGUCAGUCAAACAUCCAGAGAGAGAGAGAGAAGGGUGUGUCUCCUCCAGGUGGACUAGGACAGAAGCAGCUCUCAUGUACCAUAUGAAUGUUCCAUUGGGUCAAAGUUCACAGAAAGUUCUUCCUGUUUGGUUUUUGUUUCGUCUCCACGACAGACGUGGAACACAGAAUGUUUACUUCCCAGAUAACCAAAUACAGCGGCAUUUCAUUUCAUCUCGUCAGGGUUCUGGUUCCUUUUUCUUCACCGCCAAGUCUGUCCACAGCCCCAUGGACGGUCCACCUGGACACUAAUACAGCUGUCCAUGUCGCCCCCUGUCCCACCUGCAGGUGUCCUAGCUUGUGUAACCAUGACACAACUUCCUGUUUUCUAGAUGAGAUGGAAAACCCUGAAUGAGGAAGUUGGACCUCAAAAGAGCAUCAAUGUGGUCCUAUUGGUUCUCUGUGUAGGAAGUAGUGUUGGAGCUGGGAACAGAACCUGGACUAGUCUUUGUUCUGUCUAUCAGAUCCAGGAUCAGCUGUCAGUGACAUCACGCAGCGGCAGUGAGCAGGGGGGUUGUCAUGGUGAUGACGCCUGUCCACUCGGCUGUGUUUGACAUGCGUUGGUGUUGAAGCCACACUGAGGUUUAUGGGAGACUGAUGAUGUCACCAGUCAGCCUGUAGAGUUAAUUCCACUGUGUCCUGCCGCCGCUUCUGGCCCCGCCCCUUCCUUCUCUGCCCUGUCUGUAGAUGAAAGAAGGAAUCACUCAGCAUCUGGAGGCGGCGGCGUUUAGCCUCUUACGACAACAGCCACCAGCCGUUCAGUGUAACCCUAACCCUCGCUGAGGUGAUGUGCUGCUACUGCCAUACCUGUUCAGAGCCAUAUUUUAUAGGAUGUUGUUUUCUGCCAUUGUUAGUGGGCCCACCCCCCAGCCCUUUACUCCAAACAUGACCAAAAGCCAGAAGAAGCUCCGGUGGUCACUGCCGAACCUCUGCCAUGUUUACAUGAAGCGCGAGUCGUUGGUGGUUCGCCUUCAUCCAGCCACUUCCUGUCUCAUUCCAUUUUUACACUAACUAUUAAAACGCCAUGGGGAAUCUUACUUGCAUGGUUUUCAUAUAAAAUUCAAUGUUUUGCUCAUUUUUUACGACUUCUGUAUUUUUAUAUUAAGUACUUUUUAAUAUUUUGGAGAUGUGAGUAAAUGUAUGGGCUGAAGUGCUUGAGAGGAACCUACUGUGGACUUUUUACAGCUCCAUGUUGUCACCUGAUGUUAGGGCUCAGAAACCUGCAGUGACUUGUUUACUUCCUGUCAGCUGUUGUCCUUUAACCUAGUGUGUGGCUCAAACCCCUCCCAACUGUUUCAUAUCCAUGAAUGAGUGAAUCGAUGCGUGUUCGGUUUCCAGCUGCAGCCGUCACAGUUGCCAUGGGCCACAGUUGUGUCCUGCUUAAGCCCCACCCAUCAGUAGGGGUGGGUGGGGCCUAAAGUAGAGCACAGCUGCAGGACAUCACUUCCUGUUUCUGCCAUGGGACCCAGUAGUGCACCUGCACUCUGACGCUGUAAAUCCCAUCCUGUAAGUGAGCGAUGUAAGGGGAAUCAGCCAAUCAUCACCCAGUGUAGCUUUAAGAAUGUUCUGCCAAAGUCCCUUGUUUUUGUCACAUGACCACCCCCCUACUCUGGGGUUGUUUGGACUGGUUUCCUUUUGGUCCCACCGUUUCCAUCAGGACAGCUCAUCCAGACUGCAUCACUUCCUCUACAGAGCACUACUUCCUGUUUGCAAACUGAAAAUUCUGUGGAGAACCUUCUCAUCGGUUCUAAUUAAGUGGAGUAUCACAGCAGGUGGAACUCUUAUGUUUGGUACGUGUAUCAGAUAUAAAGAUAAAGACUAAAGAUGGUUCUCAGUACUACUUUAUUGCAAAAAGACUGAAAGGGUUUUGUUCCUGUAAUUAAUUCUAGCAGUAAUAACCCUUGGUGGUAUUUUUGUAAAAACAUGAUAUCAUCUAUGUGGCAUGCAUGACAUAUAUACAGAAUAUGGUGGUUUAAAGCAAUAUGUGCAGCCUGGUGCGAUUGGUUCUGUUGUGUUCUGUGUAGUUUAAAGACAACAAAAAACACUAAAAAACGGUUCAGUAUCUGUUUAAUGUUCUGUGUUCUGCAUGUUUUAGUACGGAAGGAAACUUUCCAAGUGUUGACUCCUUUUCCAAAACACACACACACACUAUUUGCACUGAGGUGAAACACACUAAGGAAAUCUAGUGUGUGAUUUAUCUACCUGGGUUUGGUCAGGACUGUCCUGAUGAAUGGAUGAACUGUCAAAUUUAUUAGUUUGAAAUAAAAUACAUGUUUGAUUUAAAUGUUUUCACAAUAAAAGUUUUUAUUAAUUAAACUACUUGUUUUUGAUUUAUGACCAAACUGAAUUAAUAUUUGAUAUUUACCAAAAUGUUAAAACAAACUUUACCUUAUCAGGUGGUGACCUCAGUGUUUCUUCAGAUUCUGUUAGUUCAUCCUAAACCAAAAGGGUGUGUGUGUGUUUCCUCCACCCAUCUUCCAUCCCAUGUUUCUGUCAGAUGUCCUGUUUGCUUCGAUCUAUGCAACAGAAUCGCCUCGUUUGGCUCCAGUUAAAUCUUCAUCUAGUUCCUCACUGUCUUCACUUUGUUAGUUUCAGUUGCUUGUACAGACAGAAGCACGACACAUGAACACCGAUGUAUGUUUGUGUGUUCACACACGACUCGUUUGCUUUACUCUUUUGUAAGACAUGAUCGUGUGGAAUGCCCUGGUCUUCGUCCUGUCCUUUGAAUAUAAACUGAAAACAUAAAGCAACAGAGUAAAGGUUGUUCUGUUAAUAUAUAAAUCUAUAUACAGAAAAUAAAGCCAUUGAAAUUUGAA